CCUUGCCAGCUGCAUCAACACCGAACACCAUUUUGCUCAAAGUCAAUGUUGUCCAGAUGAGACACAUGUUCACCAAAUGAGCUCUCUAGUUUCCGACUUUCUUAUUAAUCCUGUACUACGCCAAGCUCGCCGCUUCUCUCGUUCCACCUCUCAAGCUGAUCCUCGAGAUCCAGUCACGAAUCGGCAAUUGCCCACCCAAAAUAACCAUGAACUCGCAGUCGAGGAUAUAGCGGAGCGUCUGGAAGACUUGGAAGGGCUGAACAAUGGCGGUGAAUCGAUCAUAUCUGGCACGGCUUUGACAUCGUCACCUAUUGAAGAGAACGGAGGACUCGAGGCCGAACUACAAGCACUUGAACAUGGCAGAGCUCCGGCGACGGCCACUGCGGUGCCACACCGUCUCGCUCCCAUACGCUCCAACUCAGGUCAAGUUGACGAUGAUAUGUCUGAUAACCCAGACUACGGUAUACCUGGCCGUUUUCGGACCAAUUCUGCCACAAGCACGACCUUUGGCAGUGGAAAUGGCACAAUUGUAGAUGCGAGAAUGAGUCCUGCUGAAGGACCAUCUCGUCGUUCUACACUAGACUUGGCACGAUCUGGGUCUCUUAAUCGCCCAAGGAACAGUUCUCUCCCUGAAGACGAUGGUAUGAGUCUCUUGCGGCAACAAAUCAUACGAAUACAGUCCAUGGAUAUUGCCCCAGAAGCCAAAGCUCGUAUGAUGCAUCAGCUGUUGACCAGGGACUAUUCUCGGGCUCAAGAUCAAGUCCACGCUAGGCAACAAGCCAAUGCUCCGUCUCAAGCUGGCAUGAUCAGUCAGGAAAGACCAAGUACGCCAGGAUCUUUGAGCUCUUUCAUUUGGCAGAUGAAUGGAGCCUUGGAUCCUUCUGCGCCAGAGCAGCAGUACACAUUCCAUCUCUCCCCCGAUGAUUUAAAACGAACCUAUGCGCCUCCAGACCCCACAGAAGCCGACGAAGAUGGAGAUGUUGCUGUGGCGGAACAAGAGCAAGUGCUUGGAUGCCAGCACUAUAAGAGAAACGUCAAACUACAAUGUUCUACAUGUGAUCGGUGGUAUACCUGCCGGCUGUGUCAUGAUGAGGUUGAGGACCAUAUUCUCAUCCGCAAAGACACGAAGAACAUGCUCUGCAUGAUUUGUGGUUGUGCGCAACGAGCUGGUGAGUUUUGUGUCGGUUGUGGCGAACGAGCAGCAUGGUAUUAUUGUGGUACUUGCAAGCUUUGGGACAAUGAUGCCAACAAGAGCAUAUACCAUUGCAAUGAUUGUGGCAUUUGUCGAAAAGGUCGUGGUCUUGGGAAAGACUUCUUCCACUGCAAGAUAUGUGGCACUUGCAUUUCGAUAGCAGUAGAGAAGUCUCAUAAAUGCAUCGAAAGAGUUGCUGAGAGUGACUGUCCAAUCUGUGGAGAAUACAUGCAUACCUCUCCCUCGCCAGUUGUUUUUAUGCCUUGUAUGCACGGUAUCCACAAGAAGUGUUACGAGGAGCACAUGAAGACCGCCUACAGAUGUCCUAUCUGCAACAAGAGUGCAGUGAAUAUGGAGACACAGUUCCGAAACCUAGACAGGGCUAUAGCUGAACAACCGAUGCCACCUCAAUUUCGAGACACGAAAGCGAUGGUAUCUUGCAAUGACUGCUAUGCCAAAAGUGCUGUCAUGUAUCAUUGGCUAGGUCUCAAAUGUGCCAUCUGCGAUUCUUACAACACCACUCAGCUGUCAAUCUUGAGUGAUCCGGAGGUCGAGGUCCCUUCCACGGAGAACCAAGAGAAUGAGAACACAACGCCUCCUGACCAGAACAAUGGGCAACUCUCAUCGUCUCAAUACCUGGCGCCAGGGCCUGGACCGACGCGCAGCAGGCGACAUUCAUCACAUACACAUACUCCUCCAUUACCGGAACUAGCUAAUGGUCGAUUUUCACCAUACGCACGACCACAGAGGAUUGUUAGAUCGGUCUCUCCAGUUAGAGCUCCAGGGUUCUUCGAUACACCCGUCUUGCCUCAGAAUAUGGAGACAGACGAUUCAGGUGAAGAGGAUGAAUUGGACUUCUGGGGUCGUGAGGAGCCUCGAAGUGUGACUUCGGUUGAGAAUGUUGACGAAGAAAUGGAAGAUGAAGACGAGUCUGACCAAGACUCUAUAAUGGACGAGUGUGAUGAAGACGGUGAUGAUGAUAAUGAAUUUGAUUUAUUUGGGCAUAGGUGAUUUUCAAGGUGCUUGGAAGAGGGUUGAGGCAUUCGUCAUGGCGUUUUGUAUACUUAGUUGCAUGGGACGGGGAACAUCAUAUGGUAGGAGGAGUUUGACUAGGGCCAGAGGCAUGGUAUGCGAGCAAACAGAGCUUGCAAUGUAGAAACGGAUGAUCACUUUUAUGAACAUGGAUUUACG